AUGCCAAAUACUACAACCACACCCAGUAAUGGUACCGGUUAUCAACAUUGGAAGAAUAAAACGUCAUCAAGCAAAUACAAAGAAUACCAACCAAGAUUUACUCCUACAGUACAAAUCCCAGCAAUUGAAUGUUUCCAGUUAGAUUAUAUAUUAAAUGAGGUAUUUCCCAAAGAAAGUCAACAAGUUUCAUCUGAUUUAUUAACAGUAGCUUCAAAUUAUCAAAACGAUUUACGACAGGAUAUAAAAUAUAAUUUACUGAUUGAACAAAAAAUUCAAUUUAGAAAUAUUCAAAUUGCUAAAAAUGCAAGCAAUUUAAAUAAAAUCUUUUUAAAUAAAAAGAAAAAAUUGACUAAAUGUUUAAUGAAUUCAAAAAAUGAUCAAAUUGAUUCUCGAAUAAAUGAAGUUGAAGUUAAUCAACUAUUGAAAAAUACCAUUGAAGUGAGUUCUAAAGUUAAAAAUUUGAUGGAAAGGUUGACUAAAUUAGAUAAGAAAUUAAGAGGACACGAUAAGGACACAUUAGUUGCAACCAAUAGAAAGGUUUAUCCUAAUCUAUACAAAUUGAUGAAUAAGAACGAAUCUGGGGAUAAGGGGAAAGCACUGGAUGAUGAUGAUGAUGAUGAUGUCGAAGAAGAAGAAGAAGUUGUUGUUGUUCCAAAUGAAAAUUAUUUUGAUUCAAAUCAUGAUGAUACAGUGAUUCUGAAUAACCAAAAUGAAUCAUAUAAUAAUAGUCCUCGAGAAACAUCGAUUUCACUACCUGCAGAUUCACCUACUACUCCUGUUACAGAAUUGAUCCUGACGCCACAGCUGUUGCCAUCUCCAAUACAAGAAAGUCUCGCCACACCCGAGGAAAGUCAAGAACAACCGGUUGAAAAUAGUACUAAUGAAACCGAAGAAGUGAGUAUUCAGGAUUUGGAUCCUGAUCAAUUUGAGUCAUUUAUGAAUUCUAGUAUUGCUAGAUACAGAAAUGUGCAGAAUAAGAAACACCUGGAGGCAUUGAAAAAGACCAUUCCAGGUAUUAGUAAUUCUGCCAGCUAUCAACAACCUUCAAACCCGUUGACAUUGUUAUAUUCCCAACUUAUCUCAAAUCCAAAGUAUAUCGAUUCGCAAAGAAACGGUCAAUUCCCAUUCUCAAAUAUCGUCACUAUUAAGUCAACUGCAACUACAGAGCUGACGCAACAGGACUCCCAUUUUAAGAAACUUAGAAUUAAUGGAGAUCCUAUUACAUCAGAAUCAUUACGUCGAAAAAAGGAAAAAUGCAAGUGUACGCCUUCCAAUGGGGAGUCCAAUUCCUCUAUUCGCUCAGCAGAAGAUCUAUUGGCGAAUUUACAUAUAGGUGAUCAUGAUAAUGAAGGAGAAGAAGUUUGGACAAGUUCUGAGUUUAAUACUGAUGACGAUACAAUUGAUGAUUUGCUUUCAUCUGAUUCGUCAGACCUGGAUUCAUCAACCGAUGGGUUCUCACACAUAUCAUCGACAAACCAAUACUAUUAUAAUCUAAAAUCUGACUUGAAACAAAAGAAAAAGGAAAGGCUUUCUUAUAAGAGAAAGAAUAAACGUCGGAAAUCAAUUAAUAGGCUGCCAAAAGAACUAUCACCUACACCAAAACAUAUCCCAAGUCAUCGAAUUUUAAAACCAAAGAAAUCCAUAUUGAAAACAAACUCAAAUAGUUCUAAACGAUUUACAAGAGAGAAUUCUCCAUUUAGAAGAGCAGAUUUUGUUACUGAACGAUUAGAUGAUAAAUUAUCUGAGGAAGUGAGUGCCUUAUCACAGGUGAAUAAUGCAUAUGGAUCAAAAACUAAUAAUACUAUUACGAGUUUUACUGCUCAAGGUACUAUUCUUCCAUUGAAAGAAGAUUCACCUGAAGAAUAUAAUGCUAUUCCAGAGAAUCAAGAUGAAGAAAAUCCACGAAAGGUAAGUUCUAUAUCAUUGCUUAAAUCAUACGUACAAUGA